AUGCUAACAAGUACAUCAUCACUUGAACAAUCAUCAUCAAUAAUGUCAAAUAAUAAAUUAUCGUUCCCUAAUACAUCAAAUUCAUUCACAUCAUCACAAGCAGCAACAAGCAUAAAUGCAAACUCAAACUCAAUAGAAAAUAAUAAUGGGCGAUAUUCAUCAAGUAAUUUUUAUCGAGCUGCUGCUGUAGCUGCUGUUACAGGCGAUCCAAAUAAUCGUCGAUACAUGCCAAGUACACCGAGUUUAUUUGGAUCGACGAUUGACGACAAUUUUCUUCGUCAAGCUGAAGCUCUUGCAAAACCUGAAACAUCAUCAUCAUCAUCAUCUCUUUAUUAUGCAUCUCCUUUUGCUUGUUCGUCGGGUACAGCUACUGUUUCUUCAUCGUCUUCUUCAUCAUCAUCUUCAGCAGCCAUUUAUCCAGGUUCGUCAUCACUGGAGUCUCAUCUUCCUUCUGAUCAAAUUCAACAUAACCAUCACCCACAAUUAAAUUCUGAUCUACAUCCAUUUUAUCAACAUCCAUAUGCUACUGUGGCUCAUCAUCAUGCUGCAGCUGCUGCUGGUGUUUUUCCCGGUAUGGUUGUUGGCAUGCAUCAUCAUCAUCAUUCAGUUCAUCAUAAUAAUGUUGUUGGUGGUUUUCUACCACCACAUGAACUUGAUAUCGAUCCACGUGAACUUGAAUCAUUUGCCGAACGUUUUAAACAACGUCGAAUUAAAUUAGGUGUUACACAAGCUGAUGUUGGACAACAAUUAUCGAAAUUAAAAAUGCCUGGUGUUGGUUCUUUAUCACAAUCAACAAUAUGUCGUUUUGAAUCACUUACAUUAUCACAUAACAAUAUGGUUGCAUUGAAACCCGUUCUUCAAGCUUGGUUAGAAUUUGCUGAAGCAGAAAUGAGACAAAGAAAAAAAGAAGAAAUGAAUGGUUCGAUUGGUAGUUCGAGCGGACACGGAAGUUCAAAUGGAAGUUUGAUUGACAAAAAAAGAAAGCGAACAUCGAUAGCAGCACAAGAAAAGCGUUUUCUUGAAUCAUGUUUUCUUCAACAGCAAAGACCGAGUGGUGAACGUAUUGCACAAAUAGCCGAUAAACUUGAUUUAAGGAAGAAUGUUGUACGUGUCUGGUUUUGUAAUCAACGGCAAAAAAAUAAACGCUUAAGAUUUGCUGCUGGACAAUCAACAUGA